ACACCGCCAGGCAAACCCGAGAAGGAUGGGGCAAAUGUAGAGGCAACCGAUAAACUCAAGGGUGGGAUGGAAGGGGAUUCCCAGGACUCGGUUUAAGGCGCAUGCCUGCAGAGAGCCGACAAAUUCGACAUGACUAUUGCAUGGUUAACAGUGUGUUGGUUCUGCGCGACCGGCGGUUUCGACACGUGAACUCUGCACUGUUUUCAACUUUUUUGACGUCGUUUGUUGUUGCAGCGAAAGAUUUUUCAGUAUUCGUUAUUGCGAUCAAUGAACAACCGUUCUGUUCGCGUCUGCUAAAAUUGUCUGUCAUUUGAACUACGGCUGUAAUAUAAUUACGGGAAUUUCAUCUUCUCGAAUUACAAAUAUACCCACAUCAACGACCGGCACGUUCUGCGCAAAAAGCUCCUGCUUGUAUCUCGAACCUUCUUUACGAUUCAAAGACUGGAAUAAACCCCUCAGAAUGGAAGAAAUGAAGAUUCAUGUCAAAAGUCCGAACGUCAAAUACACCGAGGAAUUCCUUGAGUCUGACUACGAAUACCAUACAACGAAAGUCACGAAAAUUGAUGAUAAGGUGCUCAAAUACACGGUAUCUCCUGUAGCCACCAAGCUGAAAAUAAGAACAAAAUUAAAUGUACCAAAACUUGGUGUUAUGUUGGUUGGUUGGGGUGGCAAUAAUGGCACAACAAUAACUGCAGCACUGUUGGCAAAUAAGAAAAAACUCACUUGGAACACUAAAGAUGGCAUCAAGAAAGCGAACUGGUAUGGCUCUAUUACACAAUCUUCAACCGUGAAACUUGGAAACUCUGAUGGCGAAGAUGUUUAUGUACCGAUGUCAUGGAUGUUGCCGAUGGUGGACCCUGACCAGAUUGAAAUUGAUGGUUGGGAUAUUUCUAACCUGAAUUUAGCUGAUGCCAUGGAACGUGCAAAAGUAAUCGAUUACAAUUUGCAAAUCCAAUUAAAGGCUGAAAUGGCAGAGAUGAAACCUCGCAGGAGCUUGUAUUAUCCUGAUUUCAUCGCGGCAAAUCAGGAGGAUCGAGCAAACAAUAUCAUAUCAGGAUCUAAGACGGAACAAUUGAACUUGAUAAGAAGAGACAUAUCUGAAUUCAAAACUACCAAAAAUGUAGAUAAAAUAAUUAUAGUCUGGACUGCCAAUACCGAGAGGUUUGCAGAAAUUAUACCAGGAGUUAACGAUACUGGUGAAAAUUUGUUAAAAUCAAUAAAAGAAAAUCACUCAGAAAUUAGUCCAAGUACUAUGUUCGCCGUUGCUGCUGCUUUAGAAGGAUGCACCUACAUAAAUGGAUCUCCACAAAAUACUUUUGUACCUGGGGCGAUCGACCUCGCUGAAAAGCACAAGACUUUUAUAGCUGGUGAUGACUUCAAAUCGGGCCAAACAAAAUUGAAGUCAGUAUUGGUUGACUUCUUAGUUUCUGCUGGCAUCAAACCAGUAUCAAUAGUGAGCUAUAAUCAUCUUGGAAAUAACGAUGGCUACAACUUGUCAGCACCACAACAGUUCCGAUCCAAAGAAAUCUCAAAGAGCAACGUAGUCGAUGAUAUGGUUCAUUCAAACAGUAUUCUCUAUGAGCCAGGGGAAAAACCUGAUCAUUGUGUCGUUAUUAAAUAUGUUCCAUAUGUUGGUGAUAGCAAACGUGCCCUUGAUGAGUACACCUCGGAAAUAAUGCUAGGUGGCCACAACACACUUGUAGUUCACAACACUUGUGAAGAUUCACUGUUGGCCAGCCCGAUUAUACUGGAUUUAGUUAUUUUAGCUGAACUUUUUUCACGCGUUUCUUUCGCAGAGAAUGAAUCUGAGAACGAAAAUUUCAUUGCAUUUCAUCCUAUACUUUCAGUUCUAUCCUACUUGUGUAAAGCGCCACUUGUGCCUCAAGGAGCUCCAGUGAUUAAUGCUUUAUUCAAGCAACGAGCUGCAAUAGAGAAUAUCUUAAGAGCUUGUCUGUCAUUACCACCUGAAAAUAGUAUGCUUUUGGAGCAUAGAGUACAUUUUGCAAAAAAAUUAUGAACAGUAAUAAUUUUCCAAGACCGGUUUCAAGUUACGUAACAACCAUUAUAUUUUCAACUACGUAAUAUCCUUAUGUGUGUUAACAGCAGUUAUUAAAUGGAUCCAUAAAUUUGUCGUUGCAAUUACGAAGUAAUUUCACAUUGCAGCAUCUGUAUUAGUAGUUACCCAUAAUGUUAUGUUUAACUAAUAAGAUUGAAUGAUUCUUCUUUUCUAGUUGCUUUUAUGCCUUAUACAACCUGUACCGCCUCAGGAUUCAUGAAAGAUACAUACUUCAAAGCCAAUUCAGAAGAAUGGUGGACAAAACUAUUUUUAAUAUGAAAUUGUACAUUAUCACACAGCAGUUACCGUUGCGUAUGAAGUAUUUCUAUCUCACGGAAUGAAAAUAUUUAUAUAUUUACAAUUUUAAGUAUAUAACUGUAGAAGAAACAUAUAUUUUCAUACAUGACAAAGGAAUUGUAUUUUAUUAUUCAAAUCAAUAUUGUUGUAGGGAAUUUAUUCUUCGAUAACAGUUAUAAGAAGGUUGAUCAAGUUUAAACCUGAGGAAAUUAUACUAUAUAAAAAUAUUACGAAUCGACUUUGACAGUUUCUUAUUUAUGUUAUUUUUUGUCAAACUUCAAAAAGUAGACUUAAGUAAAUUAUGAUUCAGUGUGAUAAAAAAUAAAACUUUAUUCCAAUUCUAAUGUAGCAAUUAAAUUAAUCGUAUUGCGUUUCGAUUUACUGUAGGUAUAAUAUCAAUGUACUACUUCAGAGAAUGUGCAAUUAAACGUUUAGAAAAUAAAUAAAUGAAUUAGUACUUAGUAAACUUGGCUGUGCAUAUUUUCAGCUCCAAAUUCUAUUGCUUUGAUUGUAUAUGAAGUGGAAUCUCAACAUUUAUUGGCAGGUAAUAUUUGUUUAUAUGUGCAAUUAUGAGCAUCAACACAGUUUUCCACGCAAUGCCAUAGAAUAUGAUAGUGACUGACUAUCUUCAGGCAAUUGAUAGCGUUCAUUGAAGCAUCAUUUAUGGCAUCUCCUUGGGUUAUGC